UGCUUUAGAGCUGAUUACUCUUUGGUGUUGUGUCUCAUUGUCACUUUAUAAGUGAACUUAAACCUACACAAUAACAAAAGAUGCCCUGUAAUCGAGCGGUAUCGCAUGGUCAAGAGCACAGUUCAAGGGAUUGUGCUUUAUAAGUUAGUAGGGCGAAUUUGUUUGAGCUUAAUCUAUUCUCAAAAUUGACCUACUGCACUAAGAUGAUUCAUAACUCCACUGCACACAGGGCUAACGAUGCAAGGAAGUCCAAGUCCUAAUGCACAGUCACCUGCUAGCACUAGAUUAUGGAGGCCAGCAGCCCAAAGAAAUUUAAGAAAUGUAUGGUCCAAGAUUGUUGGUCAAAAGGCUGCAUGGAUUUCUGCAUCAUCGAAAGCCCUUAAAGUUGCAUCAUCCCUUGUCAAUGCUCAUCUUUCUUCGAGAUACAUGUCUACCAUGGAUUUGGGAAUCCUCAAGGAAAUUGAUGGUAUUUGCGAUAAAGCUCAAUUAAAGUUGUUGCAUCAACAGGAGGAAUAUUUGUGCAAACUGCGAUCAUGCUACAAGGAUUUGGUAGAUGCAGUUUUGCACAUGUUCAAUGCCUCGAAGUCUAUGAGGACUUAUGUGAAAGGAUCUGCUGGCAGUCCACUUGUUGAAUUUUGCAAUGAUUUUGGUCUUGAUGGUGAUAAUGGAGAUGGUGGAGGCCUUGCUAUUUUCUCAUCUUUAUCCGUUCAAUAUUUUGAGAAUUUGGGAGAGGAGUUGGUCGAAAUGUUCGUGUUAGAAUUGAAGAUUAAGCGUCUGCUGGUAGUAGAGUUUCAUUCCAUUGUUUUUAAUGAAGCUCAAGAAAUGCAGCCCAUCAGUGUAAUGGGCUGGAGUGAUGAAAUUUAUUCUGGGGAAUUCGACAGUGUGAAGAAAUUCACCAAUUUCUAUAAAAUAGAUGAUAGCACAUUGCCUUCUCAAUUAAAUUGGUUGGAACUGGAUCAGAAAGUGUGUGGAGUUGGAUGGUCAAAAGUUCAUCCAAAAAGGGAGGUCUUGCAGGUAUACUUAACAACUUGGCUUGCUGAAGUCAACAUUAAGAAUUCUAGGAUUGAGGAAAUACUAUCUAUGGUACAAGAGGAGAUGCAGGUUACGCUUGUAUGAAAUCUACAGUAGAAAAGGAUUGGCUGAGGAUCGCCCCACAUUAACCCAUUCUAUUCUCUUGUGAACAUCAUCAAACUUUGUAUUAUCACUUUCAUGGUGAUUAAUUAGGGCAGUAGCUCUUCAUCUGCUUCAAAAUCCUGUGCAGACUAGAACCUUUUUCUCCAUUCAGACCACUUCUCUUGGUUCUACUGGUGAUCUUUGUAUAGCAAGGGACCUUCCUUUCAUGGAAAUGUUUUGUAUAAUGUGACUUAAUGUCUGCUGAUUUGCAUUUUUGGUAUACACCUCUCAUGUUAGUUUCUUUAGCUUGCCCAUUUUAACUUUUGGUUGAGCACUUGUGACUUUCUAUUGCAGCUAGUUUGGUUAUUCAUGGACACAAUGUAAGUUUUUUCUUUAAGACUUGUUU